AUGGAUGUCAAUUUGAGUGGUCAAGCAGAAGAAAUGGACAGUGGUAGUCAGUCAUCUGCAGAGGAAUUAUAUGCAGUUUCAGCAAGUUUGAAUCCUCCAGCCGCAAAAGUACCACAUUUCGACAAACUGAUUCACCUAGGUAGAGGUUUCUACCAUCGAAAUUGUUACCAAGAAUACACAAAUAAAGUUAACAUCGAGCGGUUCAUUCGAAAGCAGCAACCUAUAGCUACUGUGGUGCAAGAUGCAACGACUAGCCAAACAACGCUGCCUUCUCGGGAAAGAUCAAGAAGAAGCGCAAUUCCACCAACAAAUUUUGCUUUGUGCGUCAUUUGCCAACGAAACACCAGCAAACAGAAGCGGUCACAAUUCCGUCUGAGUGAGUGCCAGCCGAAUAGUGGUGCAUCCAGACUACAAAAGGCUGCAGAGAUUAGACACGACCGACGCAUCAAACUCGCUUUGAGAGGAGAAGACCUUUUUGCUAAAGAAGUGAAAUACCACAAGACUUGUUACAAACGAUUUACGCGAUGCGUUGAUCAAGUCAAGCUUGACAAAGAAACCGAACAAGAUGAUGCUCACCCUGCUGCUGGUCAUAGAUCGUCUCGUAUUGAUUUUGUUGUAGACACCUAUCCAUCAGUUUCAACAAAGGCAUACGAGAGGGCUGCUCGCUCUGCGGCUGGAACAAUACGUGUCAAAAUUUUCGAUGGUCAGCAGUCUUGUCCUAAGCAAUGGAAAAAAUUUAUUUCAGCAGACGAAAACAAGUCAGAGAUCGUAGAUUUUUUGGUACAGAUGUGGGGCAGCAGUAGGUAUGCCGAACGGCUAUAUGGUGUGCAGCUAUUCGUUUGUCAUCGACAACUCUACAGUCUUCUUACAUCAGAAGAUGCUUCCGCAGUCCCUGUUUCUUCGGUACCAGCUCUUACUUCAGAUCAUAAAGAGGCCGACAGUCGUAUUUUCUUACAUGCCAAGCAUGCAUCAAAUGGUGGCUUCGCCUGUGUUGUCGUAUCCUCUUUUGACACCGACGUAGCAGUGAUAGGUAUCCAUCAUGCCAAUGCCAUCAACGCAUCAUUGCUAAGGCUCACUGGCAAUCAUUGCUAAGGCUCACCGGCACAAGGUACGACGCCGUUGCAUUAAUCUCACGGAAAUCGCUGUCAAUUUAGGCGAAAACAUGUCUGCUGCGCUCCCUGGCAUACACGCUUUUUCUGGCUGCGAAACGUCGAGUGCCUUUGUUGGAAAGGCAAAACAAAGAUCUUUCACUUAGCUUUUCAAAGCGACUGUUUACGUCUUGCAAUGACCAGAUUAGGAUGCAGCUUGACUCCGACUAAAGAGUCGUUUACUGAAUGUGAGAAGUUUGUAUGCCAUCUUUACGGUUUGCCAACUUGUACCAGUGUCAACGAGGUUCGGUACGAGUUAUUUCGCAUGAAGUGCUCGAAAGCGCAGCAGAUGCUACCAACUCAAGAUGCUCUUCGGCAGCAUGUAUUACGAGUUAAUUAUCAAAGUUUUGUAUGAAAAAAAUGGUUUGUGCUUUAAGCAGAAUCUGCCUAGUCCGGACGGUCGCGGAUGGAUUGUUGAAACUGAUGAAAACGGUUCUCCCAUACAUGUCUGCUUGAUGACACAGCUUCCUGCUCCGAAAGCGCUGUUGGAGCUGGUAAGCUGCAAGUGCAAUGUCGGAUGUACUACACAGCAAUGUUUGUGUCUUCGUGCUGCUUUGUGCUGUACCGAUGCAUGUGGUUGCAGAAAUUGCAAGAAUUCGAGCAAGCAAAAUUAUUAGACCUUCCUAGUCCAGUACUAUUGGAAGAAACUCCAGAAUCAGACAUUCAGACUGAUGAUAGCGAUAAUGAUGACUGUAGUGAUAGCAAAUAAGUGAUCGAGUGUAUGAUUGCAAGCACGCGCGAAUUAAUUCAAUUAUUUUAGUCUAGUAGAUCAAGUUAUUUCUAGAAGCAAAUUGAUGCAAUAAAAAUUUAAACAGAUUAAAUUGCAAUACGAAAAAUAUAAACAUAAUGUUGUA